UUCGCGUUGCACCACCCAUGCACAUGUGUAAACAAGGAGCUGGGUAUCUUGUAGAACCGGGAAACCAGCUGAUGGGCUGUAAUCUUUUUAUCAUUUACAGAAGAAUUGCAACGUUAAACAACUUAUAAAUAAAAGAAAUAAACAUAUUUUGAGCCAAAAUGGCGUCCUCGGAGGCGCAGUAUGAGAGCGACGAUGGCAUGGACGAGUUAAUGGACAAAUUCAAGACCCAGAGAUAUAAAAAUGCCUUCAGUGAAAACAGCUGGGAAGAGGAGUUAAAUAAAAUACCAAUGUUCAUGAAAGCUGCCCCUGAAGAGAUUGACCCAAAGGAAUACCCAGAACUGGCCUGCCUACAGGCUAUUAUCCACGAUGAAGACAGACCCCCAGAAGAGCAAGCGAAGGGCCUGAAAGAUGAGGGGAAUGUGUAUUUCAAAGAGAAGAACUACCAGAAGGCCAUAGUGUCCUACACCGCAGGUCUGAAGAAGAAAUGUGGCGACCAGGAACUCAACACUGUUCUCCUCACCAACCGGGCCGCGGCACACUUCCACCUGGGUAACAUGCGCUCUGCGUUGAAUGAUGCUGCAGCUGCAAAGAAGAUCAAACCAGACCACCUUAAAGCCUUGAUCAGAGGGGUUCAGUGUUGUAUGGAGCUGCGUAUCUUUGCAGAGGCUAUCCAGUGGUGUGAUGAGGGGCUCAAGUCUCAUCCCACGGACAAGAAGCUGCUGGAGCUGAGAGCAGCAGCAGAUAAACACAAGAGAGCAGCAGAGAGAGAUGCCAGGAAAGCCAAGGCCAAAGAGAAAAAGCUGCAGGGUGAGAAAGAAGCUCUUCUGGCUGCUAUAAAGGAUCGAGGCAUCAAGCUCCUCCAGCCCGCGAAGCCCCGUAAGCAUGGUUCAGACAUUGAGGGUGAGGAUGAAGGCGCCUCAGCAGCGAUAUCACAGCUGAGCCUGGAUGGCCUCAGCUCUCAGGAGGUCACGGGGGCUCAGGUCUUCCUGGACGAGCAGGGCUCUCUGCAGUGGCCUGUUCUCUUCCUCUAUCCCGAACACCAGCAGAGUGACUUUAUCUCUGCUUUCUGUGAGAACAACUGUUUCAUAGAUCACCUGUCGGUCAUGUUUGGAGAAGAACUUCCACCCUGGGACUCGGACAGAAAAUACCACCCACAGAAUUUGCAGCUGUACUUUGAAGACGAGCAGAAGGAGACUCUCUACCAACUAAACCCAGAGACGUCACUUUUAAAAGUGUUGCAGCAUAAAAGGUUUUUUGUCAAGGGAGGGACUCCCAGUUUCAUUGUUCUGGUAAAGGAUUCCUCGUUUUGGAAGCAGUUUUUAACAGGGAAGAAAAUACAAAGAUUGUGAAAACGCUGGAUUUCAUAUCUUGGACUAUUAAUACACAAAAUGUUCUGACUCGUGGCAGGACACGCUAUUCGACACCAGAUAUGAAAACACAUGAAUAUAAAACAAAUAAUAUCUCUGAAAGAUACAAACUACAGAUUGAAAAUGGUGUAAAGAAAUUUUAUUCAAGUGCUUGAUUAGACAAAUUAAUCACAACAAGAACAUAAUGUAUAAUGGCUAUUAACAAUUGAUGUAAGUGCUUGUAAGUAAAAAACUACAGCAAAGCCUUCUGAGUUUAUCCUUGACUAAACAUACCAGUAUGUCCCUGAAUCUGGUGCUACAAGUCUCAGUGUUAGACAGCAAUAAAAGCAACAUAAUCUCUAGUUCAGCUUUAUUGUCUAUUAUGGAAUUAAUUUGAAUGCUAGAAAUUAGAAAUCUGUAUUGCUUUAGAACAAACUUUUUCCGUUUGAGGGCCAAAAACUGAAGCUUAAUGGUGGGUCAUGGGCUAAAAGGACACCCUUAUUGUACUGUACUGUUAAGAUGCAAUAUGGUACUUAGAUCCCAAGUUCCCUUAAUUGACUGACUUCCUGUGGAAAGUGUCACUCUGCCCUCUAUGCUCAGAUUAUGAAAAAGAAAAAAAAGAAAAAUAAUCUUACAUAUUUAAAGAGCAUUUUUACCUCAUAAAAAAUAAAACAGGAAUUUUAUAUCAAAACGUUUUACUUUGUCCUGUAGGGCUCACUUUAGGUAGCCCUGUUUUAGAUGAAGGCAUUGUGUACAGAUGACUAAUCAAAAGCAGUCAACCAGCUCUUGUACUUUGUUCAGCAUACUUUCCUGUAAUGUUGUGUAAUGAUGUUUCACCGUAAUUUACAAUAGACUCAGCCAGGCAUUAAUUUCCUAAAGGUAUUCUCUAAUGUGAUCAGCUGAUUACUAUGAUACUCCUGCCAGGUCAAGCCUUUGUCAGCCUCCUGUAACUCAUGAGAACUUGGGGCCUCUAGCAAGAACCACUCGUACAAACAUAUUGGCUCUUUAGGGGUUUGUUCGAGUGAUUUAAGAGCAUUUGUUUCUCUUGAGGGACAAACUAAUAGAGAAUUCUUGAGCGGCCGUGACCUGCUGUAUGAGUCAUGUGCAAAUAGGCUGCAUCUCCCCACAGAUAGAAAAAAACAUUUGACUGGAAAUUACAAUAAAUAUGAAUGAAUUUUGAGCUUAAAAAUUAAACCGAAAUGAACAACAAUUUAAUACAUAUUAAGACAAAAAUUCUGUUCACCAUCAUAUUAAGUUUUAUAUUUUAUACUAAUUACAUAAACUUAUUGUGCAUAAGUUAAGUGCAUAAUAUUAAAUAUUAAAUUCACCUUGGAACUCAAAAUAAUAAUAAUUAUUUGAUUAAUGCAGUUGGAUAUGUUUGAAUAUGAGUUGUAUUGGUCAGAUCAGAUUUACCACAGAUUGCCUAAUUUUUUGUUUGUUUUAACAGGAAAACUUUUAAACAAUUAAAAUAAUCUGACCCUGUAGUCAUAAACAAGAAGACCAAGUUACGUAUUAUUAUUAUUACCAUAGAAGAUCAAAUAGCAAAGUUAUUAAGUAUUGUAUCAAGUAUUACUGUAAUUAGACCAUAAUUGUCAUGAUUAUCAAGAGAGGAAGUAUUUUUGUCAGUAAAACAAACCGCAGCAUGAUCUGAAUCACAUUACCUUCAUGAGAGACAGCAGACCAAUGAGAAGCCACAAAGCUCAGUAUGACACCAUGAAUGGUUGGCUCAUGAAAACAGGUUGGGGAGCCAUCCUCUGUGGAGCGUUCUGCUGCGCAUUGACAAAGGUGGGAGGCUGCGCAUUGACAAAGGUGGGAGGCUGCGCAUUGACAAAGGUGGGAGACUGCGCAUUGACAAAGGUGGGAGACUGUGCAUUGACAAAGGUGGGAGGCUGUGCAUUGACGACAGUGGGAAUCUUCUUGCGAUGUUUUAACUCACGAUGCAUCUGACACCAGGCACACCAGACGCAGAAACAGGAAACUCCAAUGUCUUUACAGAUAGAACCCUGAG